AUGCUCCAGAGGCACACUACAGAAACAGGCUUUUCUCCUUUACCUUUCCCCAGCCUCCCCUUCACAGCUGCCUCUGGCCCGUGCUCAGCGCUGGGCCCUGAAGCCACAGCCCGAGGUGGGCGGAGGUGCUGUGUCCGGCGGAGACCACAGAUGAGCACAGGGAGGUGCACAGGCCGUGCUAAUGGAGGCGGGCUUCUGGGUGUGCUGUGCCGAGGGCUCCUUUCCCUCCCAGGCACACAGAAUGUUCUAGCCUGUGUUGGCCAGGCGCUCCUUUGGAGAGUCUUCCAGGAAGCCAGGCCGGCACGGCAGGGUUAG